ACCUCCGAAUUGCAAUUUAGCAAAACAAAAAACAAAUUAAACAGAAAACUGAAAUUAGUGAAAUCUAAUUGAACAUUUUAUUGUCAAAUCGCCGAUUAUUAUUAUUAAUUUUGAUCACUCACAUAAUCGUAAAAUUUAAUUGCAACAAUCAAGUGAAAGGAAAAAAGUUUCUUCAAAAUACCAACAGUAAAUUAAGAUUUAAUUAUCUCAAGAUUAGUUCGUUACACAAAAUGGUAUUGGGUCUCCUUUCAUUACUAAGAAAAUUAAAAUCAACCCCUGAUCGCGAGGUCCGAAUUCUGUUAUUGGGCCUGGACAAUGCGGGGAAAACGACGAUUCUCAAAAAAAUGUCCUCCGAGGACAUUUCUCAUAUUACACCAACUCAGGGUUUCAAUAUCAAGAGUGUCCAAACGGCCGGAUUCAAGUUAAAUGUUUGGGACAUCGGCGGUCAACGGAAAAUUAGACCUUAUUGGAAAAACUAUUUUGAAAAUACUGAUAUUCUGAUUUAUGUUAUCGACAGUUCGGAUAAGAAACGAUUCGAAGAGACCAGCAUUGAAUUGAAUGAAUUGUUGACCGAAGAUAAAUUAAACGGUAUUCCAAUAUUGGUCUAUGCUAAUAAACAAGACCUUUUCAAUGCCGCUCCUGCAAGUGAGAUCGCUGAAGGCCUUCAUUUACCGUCGAUUCGUGAUCGUAGUUGGCAAAUACAAGCUUGUUCAGCGAUUUCAGGUGAAGGGCUUAAGGAAGGAUUGGAUUGGGCCUGUAAGAAUAUCAAGUCCAAAAAGUGAUCAACAAUUAGUGUAAUCGAAAGCUAAAUUGUAACCGCUUUUUACUCCGAUCAACUUGUUCAACUAUAUUAUUAAUACUUAAUCUGAGUGUCCGAGUUU